AUGAACGCUUCAACAAGUUUACGAGUGCGUCUCCCAGCACUGGUGCUGGUGCUGCAGGUUGCCAUCCUGACUCUGUACGCCGUUUUUGUCACUUACGAUGACAGUGCCGACGCCAGGCUGCAGAACAACGAAACCAACCCCAUGGACAACGCUUUGUAUCGUGACUAUCCUUACUUCGCAGAUGUCCAAGUUAUGAUCUUCAUCGGUUUCGGGUGUCUGCUGGCGUUUUGUCGAUUCUACGGCUUCAGCGGAAUGGUCUUCAAUUUUCUUACGGCCACUUUCGCUAUCCAGUGGGCCAUCGUCAUACAAGGAUUCUUCCAGUUUUACCAUGACGGUAAAAUCCACCUGGGUGUCAUCAACUUGUUGUAUGCGGAGUUUGCCUGCGCGGUGGUGCUCAUAUCCUUCGGAGCCGUGCUUGGGAAAACCAGUCCGGUGCAGCUCCUGGUAAUGGCGGCGUUGGAGAUCCCUGUGUUUUCCGCGGUAGAGUGGGCGGUUUUGAAGUACAUCAGAAUAAACGACGCAGGUGGUAGCAUUCUUAUUCACCUCUUCGCUUGCUACUUCGGUUUAGGGGUGACCUUUGUGUUGUAUCGCCCGACCUUGAGUAAAGGACACUCCAAAGAAAUUACUAGUUAUCAUUCCGAUAUUCUGUCAUUGAUGGGAACUUUGUUUCUGUGGGUGUUCUGGCCGUCGUUCAAUUCCGCUCUCACCCUGAAAGGCGACGAUCAACACAGAGCAAUCCUGCACACGUUUAUCGGUUUAAGUUCAUCUACUCUGACCGCAUUCGCACUUACGGCCGUUUUCAAUAAACGAGGCAAGCUCACAAUGGCCGACAUCCAGAAUGUGACUUUGGCAGGUGGCGUGACAGUCGGAGCAUCGGUGGACAUGAUGAUUUCUCCGUCAGCCGCCUACGCUUUAGGCAUCAUGGGCUGCACCGCUUGUUUUUUUGGCUACAAGUACCUCAGCCCGUUUUUAGCACGCCACAUGAAGAUCCAGGACCAGUGCGGAAUCCACAAUUUACACGGACUCACAGGCCUCAUUUCAUCCACGGCCGGGAUCUGCGCUAUACUUCUAGCCACUGAAGAAACCUACGGUCCAAGCAUGUACCAGAUCUUCUCACACCGUGCGCCGCCUGAGGGGGAUCCAAAACUCCUGGAGCUUCAGGAGUUGGUUCCCGGACUGAAGCCAGGAUUGGGGCGUACGGCGGAAGAGCAGGCUCUGUACCAAGUCGCCGCCAUCUUUUCCACAAUUGCGGCGUCCACAGUCGGUGGGCUGAUGACGGGUUUGGUGUUGAAGAUGCCGUUCUUGGCUUCUCCAGCUGAUGAGGACUGUUUUGAUGAUGAACCGUUUUUUGACUUGCCUUCAGAUGUUAGCCAGGUUGAAAUGCUCAAGCAAUAA